UUACUUGCUGUUUAGCACCGAGGCAACGUGGGAUUCGUCAAGCACACCGGUGUCUUACGUAUAAUGUUUAUGUCUAACCGCAGCUUUGUUAAAGUUAUAAAAUGCAGAUAUCAAGUGUGAAUGAUGUCAAGAUUUAUAAUUUAAGCCAUGGAAAGUCCCUUCCGGAGUGGCUAUCAGACCGUAAGAAAAGGCAACUGCAAAAGAAAGAUGUUGACAUCCAGCGCAGGAUUGAGCUCAUCCAGGACUUUGAGAUGCCCACAGUGUGCACGUCCAUAAAGGUGUCCAGGGAUGGGCAAUUCAUCUUGGCAACAGGGACGUACAAGCCAAGGAUUCGAUGUUAUGACACCUACCAGCUUUCACUGAAGUUUGAACGCUGCUUGGAUUCUGAUGUUGUGGCCUUUGACAUCCUGUCUGAUGACUACUCAAAGCUUGUCUUUCUGCACACUAACCGUUAUGUGGAGUUUCAUUCCCAGCACGGUUACUACUACAAAACACGAAUUCCAAAGUUUGGUCGGGAUUUUUCUUACCAUUACCCCUCAUGUGACCUUUAUUUCGUGGGCUGUAGUUCAGACAUCUAUAGACUGAAUCUUGAACAAGGUCGCUUCCUCAACUCACUUCAGACAGAUGCUGUGGAGCACAACGCAUGUGAUAUCAACCCUGUCCAUCAUUUGUUUGCCAGUGGAACCUCCGAGGGAAAAGUGGAAUGCUGGGACCCUCGUGUCCGGAAGCGAGUGGGCCUUCUGGAUUGUGUGCUGAGCAGCCUAACAGAAGGAAUGGAAGUUCAGAGUUUGCCCUCAAUAAGCGCACUGAAGUUUAACGGUUCACUCGUCAUGGGAGUAGGCACCAGCACUGGACAGGUGCUGCUGUAUGACCUGCGCUCCAGCCAGCCGCUGAUGGUGAAAGACCACUUCUACAACCUGCCCAUCAAAUCUCUCAACUUCCAUGAUCAGAUGGACCUGGUUGUGUCAGCAGACCCUAAAAUAAUAAAAAUCUGGAACAAAGACAGUGGAAAAGUGUUCUCCUCCAUCCAGCCUGAGAGCAACAUUAAUGAUGUUUGCAUGUACCCUCACUCAGGUAUGCUGUUCACUGGCAAUGAGGAUCCGAAGAUGAACACAUUCUACAUUCCAGCUCUGGGCCCAGCACCUCGUUGGUGCUCCUUCCUUGACAACCUGACAGAAGAGCUGGAGGAGAGCCCAGAGAGCACUGUGUAUGACGACUACAAGUUUGUCACCCGCAAGGACCUGGACAAUUUGGGUUUGUCUCAUCUUGUGGGAUCAUCCCUCCUGAGGGCGUACAUGCAUGGCUAUUUCAUGGACAUUAGGCUGUAUCAUAAGGUCAAAAGCAUGGCAAAUCCUUUUGCAUACGAGGAGUAUCGCAAGGAUAAGAUCCGGCAAAAGAUUGCGGAGACGAGGACCCAGAGAGUGCAGGUUAAGACAUUGCCGAAAGUCAACAAGGAGCUGGCUCUGAAGCUGAUGGAGGAGGGUGAUGAUGAAAUAGAGCUGACUGCCAGGAAAAAGAAGGGCAAGGCCCUACCCACCGUUUUAGGCGAUAGCCGUUUCAAAGUGAUGUUUGAAAACCCAGACUAUCAAGUGGAUGAGCAGAGCGAGGAGUUCCGCUUGCUCAAUCCCAUCGUCUCCAAAGUCAGCCAGAAGAGGAAGAAGAAGCUGCGGCUACUAGCUCAGGAUGCCACCUUCCAGGAUGCCCAAGAAAAUGACGAGGAGGAGGGUCGAGCGAGCUCUGAAGAGGAAAGCUCAGAUGAUGACAAGAGCUGGGUGGAGGAAGUGAGAGAGCAGCGAAGAUUGCUCAAUGAGGAGGCCCGAGAUCGCCGGCGGAAACAGAGGAAGGACGCCGACCGUAACACGGUCCUGCUGGAGAGCAAAAGCAGCGAAGGAGAGAAAAACUCGAUCACGACUGAGAACAAGAAGACGAGCCAGCCUCAGUUCUAUCAGAUUAAAAGUGGGGAGGAGUUCCGUGGUUUUAAUGAUGUCUCCCGCAAGCAGAAACUUCAGAAGGCUUCCCUGGAGGAACGACUGAAGUUAGAGCAGCACUCUGGAACCAGCAACAUGGCUGACGCCACAGUGGGAAGCAAGCAGCUUACUUUUACACUGAAAAAGUCUGAGCAGCAACGGAAGCAGCAGCAGGCAGAACGGGACCACCAUGAGGAGAGGAAGAAGCUGAGGCGCUCGGCCGGGCACCUGAGCAGUGCGCGUGGGAGGGGUUGGGGUCGAGGACGAGGACGAGGAAGAGGAAGAGGAAGGCUCUACGGAGCCAAUACCCAUCUGCAACUGCCUCAAGCCAAAGUUACACCAAUUAGACAGAUGUCCGAAAUAGCUGAACUGUUGUUUUUAAAAGUGGCCAUGGCUAUGAACAGAUGAGUUACUACCACUCGACCUUGUCAUUUUUAUUUUAUUGAUUUCAUUGUUUGUUUCUUUCUUUCUUGGAAAACAUUUUUGGGUGGUAUUUGCUCAAAAAUUAUUUUUAGUAAAAAAAAAAAUACAUAAUGAUCUAAUAUUCUGUUUUCUUUUCGUUGCCAAAACUAAUCACAGGCUCUUAAAACAACUCAAACUGUGAAAAUAUUCUUGCCUGUUCUCUCUUUGCCAACUAGCUGUGGUAUUCUUUGGAGCAGCUACGCACCUACUUGCGUCAGUCAUGAAAGAAGGGGAGGAGAGAAAUGUGAGUGGGUUUUUUUUCCCCUUUCACCCUGCCAACAACUGUAGUUCUUGGAAAUCGGAAUGCUUGUGUCCCCCCUCCCCCCUUCUUCCUGUCCCCAAUGGGAUGGAUGGCGUGAACCCCCUUCUCGACCACCAUUGACCUUUUUCAAAUGUGGUGUAGCUCCCCCAGGCUCAUGUCAUCUUAGCCAUUGUGCUUUAAAGAAAAUAGUGGUACUCUUCCAAUGAGGGAUUGACUGGAGCGCCAUGUCAGUACAAAUACAAUAUUAUGGACAUUUACUCCAAAAGCGCCAGAUUUAAUUUAAUUGCAAGGUAUGCAAAAUUUAACAACGCAGAAGUGAAGACUGAUUUGUCCCACUUUAGCAUCAAUCAACAUAAAGGAAAAUAUUGGGUAAUUUGUUUCAUUUUCCAUUCACAAUGCUUCACCAUGACAACAGACUGUCUGCAAGAAGUGGGUCAAGCAGCAGUGACAGAAAUAAUAUGGGAUAUGGGAAUAGAUGAGGUUCCCACUGGGAUGUGGAAGUGCAGUUUGAUACAUUCAACCGUGUUAUCUAAUCAGCUAUGUUGAAGCAAUGUUCUGUGCCAUGACGGGGUUGUCUGAUUCCGUGUUUCCCAACCUUAACUGAGCCGAGGCACCCAUGUUAUACCUGCAUGCCACCAUACAAAAGUGUCACCAAAAAGUAUCGAGAUUGACAUCAUGAUGCAUUCGGUAUACUUACACAAGUACUUGGUGUCAAUUUGGGCCUGUUUAAAAAUCAAAUACAUCCAUCAAAAAAAAACACCCAGUGCAAUGUGUGCCAGCAUGUUGCGUAUAAACCCUAUUAAAGGAAAUGUGAUGAUUAAGGCAA